CGUCCUUCCGCCGCUCGCUUCCUCUACCGGCACUCUUGAUCCUGCAUACUCAAACGCGGCACUCUCUCCGUCAUCAUCAUGGGUCUCCUCCGGUCCCUUGUUUCCGUCGUCGCGGCGACCGCGGCCGUCACCGCCAACCCCAUUGAGCGUCGUGCCUCCAUCGAUUCAGACAAGGUCGUGGGCUUCCCCCAGACUGUUCCCUCUGGCACGACGGGAAACGUUUAUCUGGCAUACAAGCCCUUCCUUAAGGUCGUCAACGGCUGUGUCCCAUUCCCAGCUGUGGACGCUGCCGGAAACACGGGUGCCGGACUCAAACCGACCGGUGCACCAGACGGUGAAUGCUCAAGCAGCACAGGCCAGGUCUACGUACGCGGAGCCACAUACGAUGGCCGCUACGCACUCAUGUACUCAUGGUACAUGCCCAAGGACUCUCCCUCCACCGGCUUGGGACACCGCCAUGACUGGGAGGGCGUAAUCGUCUGGCUCAACUCGGCGACGUCCACGGCCGCGAACAACAUCGUGGCCGUGUGCCCUUCGGCCCACGGAGACUGGAACUGCGCUACGAGCGGGUACACUCUGUCGGGCACCAAGCCCCUGAUCGAGUACAAGAGCGACUGGCCCAUUAACCACUCGAUGGGCCUCACUUCAACGGUUGGAGGCACCCAGCCACUGGUUGCCUGGGAGAGUCUCACGAGUGCGGCCAGGGACGCACUUCAGACGACAGACUUUGGUGACGCGAACGUGCCGUUCAAGGACGCCAACUUCAACAACAACUUGGCUGCCGCUACUUUCUAA